AUGGAAACAGCCUUAAAGGUGGUGAAAUACAUCAAGGGAGAGCCAGGGAAGGGUCUUUUCAACAAAGCAUCAUGCAAAGUUGAGUUGGCGGUUUAUUAUGACUCAGAUUGGGAAGCUUGUCCAAUGUCAAGAAGCUCAAUAACUAGAUUUUUUGUGAAGCUGGGAGAGAAAUUAAUUUCUUGGAAAUCAAAAAAGCAACAUACUGAGGCUAGGUCUUCUGCAGAGGCCGAAUAUAGAAGCAUGGCUAUGGCAACCUCUGAAAUAAUAUGGUUAAUUGGAGUUUUUGGAGAAUUAAGUGUUAAAAAUUUGCUUCAUGUGAAACUUUAA